AUGUCGAGUGAAAAUGAUUGGAACGAGGAUUUAUGCGGUUGCAUGAAUGAUGGUGGUACAUGCUUGUAUGGAUUUUGUUGCACACCUUGCUUAUUCGUUCUUGGCAGUGUUUAUUUAUGCUGGGUACCACAUUAUUUUGAACGACAAAAAUUACGUGAAAAAUAUAACUUAAAAUCUAAUCCAUCGUGUGGUGAUUGUCCAACGACAUUACUUUGCAGUCCAUGUGCAUUGUGCCAAGAAGCUCGUGAACUCAAAGCGAGAGAAAGUGUACAACGUUCAGCUUUGAAAGCCAAUAAUAAUCAGCCGGUUGUUUCACAACCAGAAGCAAAUUCUGGCGAGGCCGAUCAUGUGAACAUGCGAGUGUAA